AUGUCCAUCCCCAAUAUUCUCCUGCUUCUCGCAUUUUCGGCCUACUAUUUUGUCUGGUACUUCUCUGACAAAAAUGGCCUCACUAGUCAGAUUGGCGCGGCGAUAACUGUCGGCAAGCUCCCUGGUAUUGAAGAACGUCUUCGUCAGGUAUAUACAGGUAUCGAAGCUCUCGACACGAUUUUAGUAUUUUUGACGACGUUUUUCUGGACUCUGGUGGAUGGCAGUCAGCCUGGCAUGAUGCUACACUCGAUCACAUUCUGCGGGGCACUUGGCUCUGCGUGGAUACUGGUCACGCUUGAGUCAUGGAGACGAGGCAACGCUUGGACGACGGCAGCUUUGUAA